UUUGUCUCCAAAACGCCAGAUGGCGCUGUGAGAGCUUUUUUCCCUCGAGCUUCGCGUUUCCGCUUUCUCCUUGACACUGGGCUGUAGUUGGCUAAGAGAAACCAAACGUAUAUGUUUCUCUAAAACAGGCAGAGGUGUUACAAAGUAGCUUUACAAAUGGCAGCAUUACCCGGAGUAAGGGCUCUCCAAAGGCUUCAUCAACCAGGGACAUUUCAGCGGUGCUUUGGGCUCAUCCCAGUACAGUUGACACCAACCUGUCUUCCCAGGAGGCUUUGCACUGCUCCUACAGGUAGUAAGGAGCGAAAGCAGCCGGACACCCCAGAGAAUGUAUCGCUGGUGGAGAAUCUGACCCUAAUGGGAGUUGACUUGAAGAUGGCACGCCUGCGUCAGCCCGGGGUGCUUCGUAAAGCCUUCACAAAUGAGCAAGCUGUCGCUCUCUUUUUGGACAAAAAAGGUGCCCCUACUAACACAAUCGCCAGCAUCAUAUCCCGUUGUCCUCGCACUAUCACCCGCUCCGUUCAACACCUAGAACAGCGCUGGGAGGUGUGGAGAAAGAUCUUCAAUACUGAUGACGAAAUUGUGAGCAUCCUGUAUCGCUCACCUGAGUAUUUCUUUCGCUCCAGUAAUAUUGCUAACUUGGAUAACAACAUCACUUUUCUCACCUCGCUGGGACUGAACACCAAAGACCUCCAUCGUCUGCUGACCACAGCGCCGCGGACAUUCUCCAACAGCUUAGAGCUGAACAAGCAGAGGGUGGCCUUUCUGAAAGAAAUAUGUGCCGAACUUGGCGGGAAGAAUCCAGAGCAGUUUCCUAAAGUUUUAAUAUCCAGAGACUUUUACAUUCUCACCAGAAGCACGAAGAAUGUCAGGACAAAUAUCGACUUCCUUAGAGCUUCUCUUACGUUGAGCAAUUCAGAACUGCUCAACCUCUUUCAAAGGACUGGAGCAAAAAUGCUGUACCUUCCUAGUGAAUAUCUGAAAAAUAAUGUUCAAAGUCUUGAGCAAAAGAUGGUAGCACUUGGCUGUCAGAAAGCUGGCAUGAAGGAACUAAUCCUCAGCUCUCCAAUAGUUCUGCUCUUUGGGCAGGACAGGCUCAGCACUAAACUGGACUGUCUGUUAAAAGGGGGAAUAACAAUGAAGCAGAUAAUGGGAAAGCCCAAAUUGUUACAUUUCAGAACACAGAACAUCUUAGGGCGACUAGAGGAGCUGAAGAGAGUGGGAUAUGACUUUCAGGAGAAAGGCAUCAACGUCCUGGACUCUAGCCAAAAGUGCUUUGUUGCAAAGAUUGCAAGACUUGAUGCCUGAGGACAGAAUAUAACUUUGUUAUAUGAUGUUACAUCAUUGUGGAUGCUGCUUUUACUUGGGCUUGCUUUACAAACAUGUUUUGUUCAUUUAGUAAGUAGAAUAUGAUUUCUGACUUUUGGAUGUCUCUUUUGUAACACUGGUUUGGUUUGGCUAUGACAAACAUGUUCCCUGAUUAAUCAUAAGGUCUGUAAAAUAAGGAAAAACUAAAUCACAGUAUGAUGUUCAAAGUUCUUGUUUUGUCCAACCAAUUAUCCAAAAACACAAAGACAUUUUAUUUUUCUAUCACAACUAGUGCAGCAAAUGCUUACAAUUGAGAAACUUGCUGCUUCAAUGUUCUGUCAAUUGACUGACUGUUUGAGUUCUAAUAGCUAGUCAUUUAUUGUUAAAGAUUGUACUUUUGUACCACUGACACCUGUUAAGAAAAUCCUCUUCCAUUGAUUUGAUCAUUUUAUUUCUUCAUCAUGUAUACAUUUCAUGUUGGAGAGUUGCUCUUAGAAUUCAUGUGAGGAUACAAUCUCGAAAUAAAAGUGAUCUGACUGUUACAA